AUGUCCUCACCCGUUCCACAACAAGGAAUGUGGAUAAUAGGCUACGGUAGUCUCAUCUUCAAACCCCCACCUCAUGUCUCAUUCAAACUCACAGGAUAUCUCAAAGGAUUCAUCCGGCGAUUUUGGCAAAGUUCAAAUGAUCAUCGAGGUACACCAAAAUCACCAGGUCGAGUAGUUACUCUCGUAUCAUUAUCUGAUUUAAAACGAUAUGAUAAAUUUCAUAGUGAUUUACAUAUGUAUGAAUUGUCAAAGACCCAUCAAGAAACUGACUUGUCACAAGAAGGUGAAACGACAAGUAGUGAAAUCUUAGAUAUUACUCAUCAUAUUUCUCAACUAACUGAAGAAGAUUUAAAAGUUUGGGGAGUAGCUUAUUAUAUCGCUCCGGAAAAUGUACAAUAUGUGAAAGAAUAUUUGGAUAUUAGGGAACAAAAUGGAUAUUCUACCCAUCUUGUUCCAUUUCAUAUCUUGAAUAUUGAAUCAGUUGAAAGUAGUCCAUCAACAUCAAUCAUGAAUGAAUUAUCUCAAGAUGAAAAAACGGGGGAUUAUUAUAUUGAAAGUAUGAUAUAUAUAGGCACCAUUGAUAAUGAAGCAUUUGUCGGUCCGGAAUCAAUUGAAGAUACUGCCAAGGUGAUAAAAACUUCCCAGGGACCAAGUGGAACUAAUGUUGAAUAUUUACAAUUAUUAACUAAUGCAGUUAGAGGAUUAGAUCCAAGAAUUCAUGAUUAUUAUUUAGAAGAUUUAUGUAAAUUAAUAGAUAUCCCAUCAUUAACUUAA